UGUCACAUUGUUCCAUCUGCGCCAAAGCCUUCCUGAUUCAACCGCAGAUGGUGCGGUCCAUCCAAGAGCUAACCAAUAGCACCAAGCGUUGUUAUCACACAGAGAGAAAAAAAACCUGACAGUCGCCAUGAUGCUUGUUUGUUCCUUGUGAUACAGCAGCGGAAACGAGAAAGUAGAAACAAAAGAGAGCACACACUCGUCCUCGCGAUACAGAUUGGUAUGCGUUUGCAGUGUUACAGCAGGAAUGCCCAAGGAAAAAUAUGAACCGCCAGACCCCAGGCGGAUGUACACUAUCAUGUCAACUGAGGAGGCAGCCAAUGGAAAGAAGUCUUACUGGGCUGAGCUGGAAAUCACAGGUAAUGUCAGGAGCCUGAGCCCAUCUCUGUGGACUCUGACCCACCUCACUGCCCUACAUAUCGCUGACAACUGUCUGUCACGCAUCCCACCUGACAUUGCCAAACUACACAACCUGUUGUACCUGGAUCUGUCGUCCAAUAAGAUCAGGAGCCUGCCGGCAGAGCUCGGCCACAUGGUCUCUCUCAGGGAGCUGCUUUUAAAUAACAACCAAUUGCGGGUUCUGCCAUUCGAAUUGGGGAAACUGUUUCAGUUACAAACACUGGGGUUGAAAGGAAAUCCACUUGCACAAGAAAUCAUGAGCCUGUACCAGGAGCAUGAUGGCACGAGGAAAUUGCUGAACUACCUGUUGGACAAUCUGGCAGGUUCAAUCAAAUGCACCCCCACAGAGCAGCCCCCGUCCCGGUCGUGGAUCGCACUCCAGGAGCCGGACCAGACGAGACCUUCUGCGUUGUUCUCAGUGAUGUGCUACAAUGUGCUGUGUGAUAAGUACGCCACGCGCCAGCUCUAUGGCUACUGCCCUUCCUGGGCCCUCAACUGGGAGUACAGGAAGAAGUCCAUCAUGCAGGAGAUCAUGAACUGCAACGCUGAUAUCAUCAACCUACAGGAAGUGGAGACGGAGCAGUACUACCAGUAUUUCCUGCCAGAGCUGAAGGAGCAGGGCUACGAGGGCUUCUUCAGCCCAAAGUCUCGAGCCAGAACCAUGCAUGAGUCAGACCGCAAACAUGUGGACGGGUGCGCAGUUUUCUACAGGACAGAAAAGUUCGGUGUGGUGCAGAAACACACGGUAGAGUUUAACCAGCUGGCCAUGGCUAACUCUGAAGGCUCUGAGGCCAUGCUCAACAGGGUUAUGACCAAGGACAACAUCGGAGUGGCUGUACUGCUGGAGGUCCGCAAGGAAAUGAUGGAGGAAUCCUCGGGGAAGUCUCUGCACGGCAUGGAGAAACAGCUCCUCUUGGUGGCUAACGCCCACAUGCACUGGGACCCGGAGUACUCCGACGUCAAGCUGGUCCAGACCAUGAUGUUCCUGUCUGAGGUGAAGAACAUUGUGGACAAGGCCACUCGCAGCCUCAAACUCUCCUCUGUCUCUGGGGAGACCAAUGGCAUCCCUCUUGUUCUCUGUGCCGACCUCAACUCUCUACCAGACUCUGGCGUGGUGGAGUACCUGAGUCAGGGUGGAGUGGACUGCACCCACAAGGACUUCAAGGAGCUUCGCUACCUUGAUAGCCUCACCAACUUCAACUGCAAUGGCAAGAACGGCAACUCCACGUCCAACUCCAGGAUCACCCACGGCUUCAAGCUGAAGAGCGCCUACGAGGACAGCCUGAUGCCUUACACCAACUACACCUUUGACUUCAAGGGUGUGAUUGACUACAUCUUCUACUCUAAGCCUCAGAUCAAUGUGCUCGGCAUCCUGGGUCCCCUGGACUCCAACUGGCUCCAUGAGAACAAUAUCAGCGGCUGCCCGCACCCCCACAUCCCCUCUGACCACUUCUCCCUGUUCGCCCAGCUGGAGCUGCUGCUGCCCAGCACUCUGCCCCAGGGCCAGGCCAACAACCAGGUCAACGGCAUCCACCUGCCUGGAGGACGCAGGUAGUGGUGAGACAACCCCACUCCAGGGGCGCUGUAUGCUAUAGCAGUGUGCAGCCUCUAGCCCUCCAGCUCUUCUCUCGUUGUCACUUGGAGGAAAGAAGAUGAGACGGAAUACACAACCAACCUGUAACAUAAGAAUCAGCCGUACAGUGAGGUCUGGCCAACAGGGAUUUCUGUUAUAUAUUUUUUAUUUUCCUCAUUGUCGUUUUCCAUUUUGUUUUCAUUUAGAAAAUGUCAAUCCUGUCUGUUAUGUUUUGGAUCCCCCACCCGGUCAUUCAUUCGAUUAUAUCACCAUAUCCCCUCUGGCCCCCGUAUAGAUAUUUAGAUCUUUAGCAAUAUCACCUGACUCUUGUUGUCUUUGACAUGACCUGUGCAGUCUUGAACAAUGGCACAAGAAAUACCUUGUAUCACUCUAUCUGUGGACACCCUUUACAAGGCAAGGAGAGAAAGGACACCACUUCUAAAGCUUGCAGCUGAUAGUCUGUCCUAUACCAAUCUCAAACCAGCACAAAUGGCAGAAACAGACAUGUCUAAUGUCUCAGCCAAGGCUAAGAGUGGGCCUUGUCUUUUCUCUCCCCACUGAGAUCAAUGUGAUGGUAUAUCUAUCUACCAUAUAAGGCAUAACAUGGUGUGCCACUCCUCCUUUCUGUGCUAUAGGGCCAAUCUCUCUGUGGGUCCAAAAUUGUGGUGCUCACCGGGUGCUUUGUGGUGCUCACCAGUCCACUACUAUUGAGUAAUAGAACCUAGUCAGUUGUCUCCCUCUCCAAGUGGUGCAAUAGGAACUAACCCCACUGGUGCAUGUAGACUGAUGUCACUGCUGAGAGGCAAUUCCAUGGUAACCGUGACACUGACUCCGAUUUGUAACUUUAAAAUGUAUGUCAAACAAAAACCAAUGAUUGCAAAGUUAAACAAACAUACAACUCUAUGCACAAGGACUACUUUUUAACAAUUUCCACUGAAUUUGACAAAAACACAUUUAAUUGGAUCAGUGCAGGUGCAACGUUUGGUAACAGAAUGACAGUUUGAGCCAUCGUUCUGUUACCAACUUUUCAUCUGCACUGUUCAUCAAGUAAAUGUUUUUGUUCAGUCUUCUGUGGGAAUUGUUGAAAGUAGUCCUUGUGCAUAGAGUGGGUUUGUUUGACAUACGUUUUUAAAGUGAAAAAUCUGGGUCUCUGUUCCUGUGGAAUUGCCUCACGGUGUUUUUAGAUGUUGAUGAUUAUUAUCCUUUUAGGAAAGGAUGACCGCAACCACCAAAUACACUUGUCUGGACCUGUUGUAUGGAAGCAAGUAAGCUCUAGUUAGCGAAGGCUUGUUGGCAUGCCGGUCAGGCAUAGUGCUAAAAAAAUGUAUCUGUUUCCUCUGGAUUGGAACAGAUUUGAAUGAUUUUAAGUAGUUGAAUAACAUGUAAUUAGUGGCCAGCUACCAUCCCUUUUUGCACACUGUUUUUCCUCUGCAUGUGUACGUGACAGAGUCAUUGUUAAUAUGACUUCAUUUGGACCAGGGAUGUGCAACUCCAGUCCUUGGGUGCUGGAGUGGUGUCUCACUUUUUCACCAGCUCUAGCCAACACAGCUGAUUUUAAACGAAUUGGGUUUUAAACUAUCACGACUAGUUGAUUUAUAGGAGUUGGGUGCGUUAGCUGGGGCAAAAUUGUGACUGCAAUCAGGCCCCCCGAGGACUGGAGUUGCCCAUUCCUGAUUUGGACCAUAUACCACCUUUUGUAAUGGGGUAGGGGAUUUUGGCUGAGGGGCAAUGCAACGUAGGAAAUUCUCAACUAAACAUUUUUCAGAUUUGUUACUUUUUAAAGAGGGAGGGCAAUAGCUGAUGUACAGGAGUUUAAACCAGCAAUCCUCUCACUGUCACACACGUGGACAUACGCAGAGAUCUUGUAGCACUGUCUCUUGAGGCCAGUAGUGAUUUUUUUUCCCUCAGCCAUAAAUUCCGUACUCUACAGCAGUGGGUUUUUUUCACAAGUGUUUGUACAGAAUAUAAAUCUAGAUUGUCUUUACACGAUUGUAUAUGAGUCACAAAAGACCUGUUUUCUGGCAGGGUUUUUUUUGUACUAUGAGUAAAUUAUGAUCCAAUUUGAAGAAGAAAAAAAAGACAGGAUUGUAUUGUAAACUAUGGCAAUUUUUUUUUUAUCCAGUAAAUGUUAAGAUGAAAUUGAAAUGACCAGCUUGUACAAAAGACGUAAGGGGUUGUUCCAGGCGUUCGCUGCCACUACUUUGCACUCCUGCCCUAGGUUAACUGUUUCUAUGCGUCUGUAUUGCUUGUUUUCCUGUUAUGAUUUGAGAACAUGUUUCUCAGAUUGUAAAUAGAUCUACUGACUAAAUGAUGAUACAUCUUCAAAUCCAUUCUAUUAACAAGCCAUUGGUCCAUACUGCUGCCUGCCACCAACCGACCCAUUCAUCCACUCACAGUUCAGACAAAAGUAAGGUUAGGUCUCCAAUAACACCCUAUUCAAUAUAGUGCACAAAUUUUGGCCGGUCCUGUGUAUGUCUGUUCAAAAGUGCACUAUAUAGGAAAUAGGUUGUCAUUUCAGAUUGACCCUAAGAGUGAUUUUUUUUUGCAUCACGCACAUCCAGUAUCCCACAAUUGGCGUUGUACAACCGGAACGUUGUGCCUCACCGUAGCCGUUUUGUUGUCUUGCACUACUUCUAAUCGGCCAACUCCGGAACAACCUCUUCUCCCAUUUUAUUUUUUAAAUACUGUCCAGACAUUUGAUGUCCUUUGGGGUUUUUGUUCUCGUUUUGUAUUUUCUUUCUUUUUUUUGUAUGAGCUGUGACAAUGUUAUGUGUAUAUACUCCUUGUGGAGCGAUCUAGUAAUCCGGUAUGGAAUAUUUGUCAAGCUUUAGUUUUUUUUUCACCGGGGCAACGUGAAGACCUCUUCUGGAACCCCCUUACUUCCAGAAUGUUUUGCACCCUCCGUGUACUUUAGCUCAGCUCUUAGAACCCCUUGAUAGUCCCUUGUCACCAUAGUCACCUAGCCUGUCUUGCCCCUCCACCGCUGAAUUCUGGAUCUAGAAAAGCAUGUUCCCCUAUACCUAGCCCUAUGUCCAACCCCCUAGACACUUAACAGUCAAGUGUAUUACUUUAGUCCUUUUAACCCCGCUACUGAAGCCCCUGUGCCGUUCCAUCUCCUCUGCCGUACCAUCUGUGAGGAACUGACCCGUCUCCCCAUCUGUCAGGUGGCCCAGACAGACGCUCUCUCUCUCUCUGUUUUGUUACCAUCGGGACUGAAAUAUGUCUGUGACUGACUAUAUAUUGCAACUGUCACAUUUUAAACAGGAAAUGGAAUGAUCACGCUCCCCCCCCCCUCCUUUCCCACAUUUAUUAUUGAAUAAAUUAAAGUCACCUUUUUAAAGUAAAUAUGAUUCUUUCGCCACUGUGCUAAAGUUAGAAUUUUAUGAAUUUUUACAGAGGGGAAAGGUUGAAAUGGGAAAUAUAAAUUUAGUCCUAGUUCAAAAGCUUUUUUUCUGUCCUUACUCCCCCCCCCUCCCCCCUUGAUAUAUUUUAUUUGUUUUGAACAGAAGCAAAUGUCCAGUUUGAUACCCCUGAAUUGCUGGUAGUAUUGUAGUAGAUUUAAAGACUUAGCUUUUUUUGUAAAGUGUGAAUAAAAGAUGUAUCUCUUGUUUCCUUCCUAAAACUUUGAAUUGUGUUGUGUAUAUCCUAUGAUUGCUACAAUUUCAUUUUUACCCAUUGCUUUUCCAUACCCCACCUUUCCAUCAACCAAAUGAUUCUUUUUUUGGUAGAAAUGAUAGUCAUCAUUAAAACCAUUAACUUGGUCAACUUUGGGUCGCUGUAAAAAAUGGACGCAGAAUGCUUUUAUCGACUCAAGAUUCCUUAAGCGGAGUAGUUUAACUCCAAACGUGAAUAUUUACACUUUCUGUAUUUGGGAUGUCACUUAGGCUAGCAGAUGUAUACUAUUGUCUUAGGCCAGGAUAGCCUUGUCUUAUUAGCCGAUUCAGUUCUAGACAGCACUAUUGUUGACUGGUGUGAAACCAACAUGAAUGUAAAAUGAAGCAAAAACGUAGUUAUACUACAAAGCAGGAUCAAUGAGUUAGCCAGUUAACUUUGAUUAACAACCAGAAAUAACUAGAUUUUCUGGUUCAUUUAAAGAUGCAAUCAAACUUUGGUGUAAUUUCACCAAGUAGUUUUGAGUGGUUCUCACGAUCCAAAAGUGGCCCCAGUUUUGUGUACUUAAGUCAUCCAUUUCAUAUGUUGCAGUUCGUGUGGUAUGUAACGAAUCCAGUUCAUACUAUGUUAUGAAUUUGUGCUUAAGAUCCUGGCGUGCCAUCUUUUUUAAGGAGACAACUUAGACAUUUGUUUUUGGUUGAGUCAAUGAGACCAUGCCCAUUUCAAGCCUAUCGGUCUUAAAAAAAUGUUUAGUUCAGAAAAUGUAGGCAAGUUAGCUGGCUAACUCAUUGAUGCUGAGAGGUAUACUACAAAAGAUUAGCUUGAAAUGAGAAGGACCUACUUGACUCAACAACCAAAAAUACAAGUUAAUUCUUAAUGAACCAGAACAUGUGUGGUUAUUUCUGGUUGAUCAUCAAAGUUAGCCAGCUAACUCAUUAACUCUGCUUUGUAGUCUGGUCCUGUGGUGAUUUGAGUACUAUUUGGUCCUUGCCACUGUUCUUGUGCUUCAUAGUGGCUAAACUGAGUAGUUACUCUGGUCCCCUCCUGGCCCUCACUUUGAACCCCCCCCCCAAUCUAUGAUUGGAUCAAGGAGGGAGAAUGGCACUGCUUGACGUGUCACCAUUCACUUCAGUUAGUUAGUGAUCACUGUUGAACUCAGUUCACUUUUUCACUUUUGCAUUGUGCUUCUGUUUUCUCCGUUGUAUAGGACUUGCUCUGACUGCGCUCCCUGUCAAGGUGCACACUGAAGCUGCUUUCUGUGUACAAGUGUAGAGCAUCCUCUAACCUUAACGCGUGUCAAACUCAUUCUGACUGCUGGUUUUUGCUCUUCCCUUGUAAUUGAUUAAAUUAAGGUCCCUAAAAUGGUAAGGAUCUCUCCUCACCUGGUUGUCUAGGUCUUAAUGGAAAGGGAAAAACCAGCAAAAACUAGGCCCUUCGUGGAAUGAUUGACGCCCCUGUUCUAUACAGUACAUACACAUCCCAUCCAAAGACCACUGUCAUGACUUGGCUCUUUGCCUUUUCCAACAGCCUUUAUAACCAUAACAGUAAUUUGUCUGUCAAAAAGGAUUUUGGCUUGCAAUAGUGCAUCUUAUUUCAGACCGGUCAUUUCCAUUCCUUAGAAACUUGGCAGUAUUACCCUCAGAGUCAUUAAGAAAAUGUUUUUGAAAAUGAUCCACUACUUUUUUUUUUUUGGCCACCCAUUUUUCCGCUGCUUUUCCCCUAAGACCGAGUGUAAUUACAGCAGAUUCCACCUCCACUAACAAUCACCCCAUUCACUCAUCUCUCUCUCCUGCCUCCGUAUCUCCAUCUUGUAUAGGCCUCACCCUCCUCCCUGCUGAUAGUGAUAGACAAUCCUGUUCAUCAAACGAUCUGUAGCCAGCUGAGUACAUGCUAUAUUGAUGUGUCACUGUAUUGUACAUACACAGGACCAACUGCUUGUUUACCAUUCACGGAAUACCAGCAAAAACACUUGCACAACAUUCAAAGAAUGUUCAUCAACAGAGAAUAAAAUGAAGGCAGCUGUUUUUAAAAUUAUACAAACUGUUAAACUGAAUGGUAAACAAGGCUUUUUUCAGUUUUCUUCUUAAGCCGUCUUCGUGGUUUGUCUUUGGACUAGUUUUCUGUUUAUAACACCCUUUGGCUUGUUUUCUUUAGUCCUACCUAUCUAUUUUCCUACUUCUGGUUGAAAAUAAAUUCUAUAUCUGUU